UAUUUUUGUUUACUGUUUACUUUCCCCACAACUCGAGUGCAGCCGGCGACGGAUGAUCUCAGCAGGCUUGGGUCGAUAAAAAAAUCAUUCCAAGUGGUUUGUUCAGAACAGGAAGGAAGUCGAUAAUUUUGCUCCCGAUACCGUCUGGAAGGUUCUAGCAGCAGAAAAAUGGCCCAAGUGGAGAUCAAACUUCCGCUGGAGCUGGACAAGGUGGAGCUCAACUGCAUGAUCUGCCUGGAGGAGAUGAGCUUUCCGGUGUUCUGCCGGCAGUGCAAGCAGGGAACCUGCUUCGACUGUCUGGUUCUGUGGUUCGGCCAAAGCGCAAAGCAGGAGUGUCCAAAGUGCCGUCUGCAGACUUCGAUCGGAACGGUGGCCUUGGAGCGCAAGACGCAGUACAGCUGCCCGCGGGAGGGUCACCUGGUGAGAUAUUUUUGCCAGCAGUGCGACGAGUGUCUGUGCCGGGAGUGCUACACGGCCGGGGAUGGGCCACAUGGUCGGCACGCCAAGCAAGCGUUGGACGAUUUGCGGCGGGAGAUCUUCGAUGGGAUUGGCCGGAUUCGGGCGGCGAUUGGUGGAGGUGGGGGUGAUGGAGACGAUCUCAGCAGGCUGCUGAGCACGGCUUGCAGUUUCACGCCGGGGGGUUGUCAGAAGGCGUUGACGACGAUUGCCGGGCUGUUGCCAUGCGGGAACCCGCGAGAAAUGGUACGCCAGCGGCGUGCGGUGCUGGCGGAAAUCGAGAGGGUGGCACCGGUUAAGAUCUUCUUCGAGUACCGCUGCCAGGUCAAGUCGCCGUCCGCAACGUUCCAGAGCUACACGGCCGAAGACUUGCACGGCAAUCGCUGGGAGCUGACCGUUUACCCGCAAGGUUUCAGCGACGGUCACGGUCGCUCCGUGAGUGUGUACCUGACGCUGGCCGCCGGCCAACCGGGCCGGUACGAGUACAGAUACGUGAUUUACGAGGGCUCGGGGUUGAAGCCGCUGGCCGAGUACCUGGCGGUGGACGACUUCGUCGUCGGCAGCAAGUCCCAGGGCUGUCAGCGACUGGUGCAGAUCGACCAGGCCAAGCGGUACGGAGUGGACAAGAGUGGCGGCUAUCAGCUGGCAUUUGGAGUGCGUCAGACCGAUGCCGGCUAUGGGCCAAAGUGUGCCACGGGUUUGAUCGCCAACAAGAACAAAAACUUGCCGUUCAAGUCGUUCCUCUACACGGUGCGUGACUACCCGGCGCAACGCAACGCCGACCGGAUUCUCUUCUCGAACCUGAUGUACGACCACCAGAACAUGGCAUGGCGCCUUCGAGUCGAUUGCAACGGGCAUCAAGAGAAGGGCCAGUUCUGCAGUGCCUAUCUGGUGCUGCUGAAUGGUGCAGAGGGCUGGUUCGACAUCUUCAUCAAGCUGGUCCACCCGACCAUUCCGGAGCUGUCGAUCAAGCGCGAACUGACGCACUACUUUACGGUGCACUCGAGCUGGGGCGUUCCUCACUUUAUUGACCAAAUGCAGAUCAAUGACUUUAUGAUUGGACCGAAUCAGCUCAAGUUUGAGUACGGAAUGCGGCCGGCGCGUUUCAAUCAGGAGCGUUGAACUCGUCGAUCCCCUUUUUAACCCUCAUAACUUUUACUAGUGUUAAGAAUCUGUGAAUUACCACCGAAUGAACUUUGAAACUCAACGCAAUAAAUAAGUGUCACUUACCGUGGCAGAUCGAGGCAAGUUCCUCCGUAAGCGCUGUA